GCUAAUCAAUAAAGUGAGGCUAUUUUGCCGGACGAUUUAAAAUGUGCAGUAAGCAGUACUGCGGCGACAUCGAUCCCUACGAACUGGCUUACCGCGGUAGCGUCUUCGAUUCCUAUUCUAAUUUAACAAAGUUGCCGAAUGUGCUGGAGCACGAUUAUUCGCCACCAGAAAUUGAUCCGUUAGAAUUGAUUGAAAACAUACAGAUCCCGGCACACCGGCUGUCGGCGAAGGUGCGACAGCACUAUUUGCAUUACCUGGAACAAUUGCUACAACAGAACUAUCGCUCGUGGAUUAUGACGUGCAAUCACAACGACAACCCUUUCAGUGACGACGAGCUGCGGCAGUGUGCAGAAACGAUCGAAAUACGAGCCGUGCAAGCUUGCAUGAUCACAUCGCUCUACAGGGAGUACGUUUUGAAGAAGAUUGGAGAAAUACGCAAGCAGACAGCAGACGGUUUGUUGCAUCCGAACAUAGUGGACGUUAAGUUUAAGCCACCGUCCAUAAAGCGAGAACAGUGUCACGUCGGCGUGCAAACGGAUGCCAGUGUUGGAACUCCAGCAAACAGUCAGCAUAAUGCUCUGAAACACACAGCGCCGCUUAGUUUGGAUGAGUUUUUUGGUAAAUUUGAAAGCAGUCGCUCCAUUCACGAAGAAAAGCUCACUGACGGACAGGAUUUCGACAAGAAGGAGCCUUUUGGCCGUGCUACAUUGGCACUACCACCAAAAUUACCUGCCGAUAAUAAUUUGUGUGCCGCUAAUGUUCAGCAACCGAACAGCGCAGCGCUGGACGAUGAAAUAAUUAAAGAAUUGCAGGCAAUGUUUGAGCCAGAAGACGACACAAUGAACAUAUUCGAAUGGAGCGAAGAUCAGGAGCAAGUGAGAGCCAUCAUCAAUGAGAUACAGAAGUGUGACACUCCGAAGGUAACCAAUAAUCAACAAGAAAGCAGUAUACUCGCAGCUGAACCAAGCCCCAGAUUGAACAGCUAUAAACUGGCCGAAGAGGUGCAGAUGUCGGCCUUGGGAGACGAUCUGCGCCAAAGUCUGUGGCCUUGCGAGCUGCACAUGCAGCGCAUGAAGUUACGGAGUCUUCUGGUUAGAAUAGCCGAUGAUGAUUACCGACGCUACGAGUCGCUAAGGACACGCUUCGUAUCGCUCUUCGGUGAGGACGACGGGGAGGAGCAGGAUCUUGGGCCGUACAGUCCGUCAAUCGAGCUGAACGAUGUGCUGGUGGCCAGCUGCAGGCAUCGGAUAGCUAAGUGGGUUGUACAGGAGCUAAUGAGGCCACUGAACGAGGGAUUGAUAGCGAAUCGUUAUCUGUUCAAAAAGCUCGCCAAACGAUUAGCCGAAAAUAUCAUCUACGUGAAGCAGUAUCCAGACAAAAAGUUCAUCCAUAGAUACAUUGCAGACUACUUUUGCACGCAUUCCUGCAUCAGAACAAUCGAUGAUAUUACUUGAAGCGCUUCAAACGAUCUAAGCGUGGUCAAAAUCAGACGCACAAGCGGAUUACUUUGCCAGAGACAUUUAGGUGUCCUCCGUGUACAGUUCGUUGUUAGUGCCAGUGAAUAGGUAGCAAUAAAAACUGGAUCAACUGGAGUGGCCUCAGCAGCGCGGGAAAAAUGUAGAAUCUACCAAGCGCAUAGUUUUUGCAUUAAAGCAGAUUUAUUUUCAGACAAAAAGAUACACGUUCACAAAAGGCCCCAAAACAUAAAUAUACAACACAAUGCGCAUGAGGCGAUGCUGUUUGGUAUGAACAUUGAUCAUGAUCAAUUGUAAAGUUGAACGCCGGCGUCCAGCUUUGACGAAUUCCGUUACUGUGGUCCCGUCGAAUGACGUCGGCUUGACGGGUUCGCCAUUCCAUGCAAGUGGUGAUGUUUCGCCUGGGCCCAGUAGUCUGCGAAGCGGCAAGCCAAUUCGUCAUCCGGACGAGGACGAACUCUUGCCGCUUCGCACGAACGAACUGCACCACUCACUUCCCAGAAACAUUUCUCCGUUGGCCAAUCGUCCGGAUUAGGGGGCAACGCGAAUGUUCUUCCCAUGAACUCACCCUGUCACCGUCCAGCCGAUGCCAUUCCGUGUGCCACUCAACGAAGCAUCUAGUUGCUAGCGUAAAACGUCCAACGUUUGACUAAGCGCUUAUACAUAGUAUGAAUUACAAGAAACAAUUAACUUAUAAAAUUAAUCACAAUGAUAAGUUAAACAGUUUAAAAUCGAAUACGAACACCGGUGUUGUUGGUACAA